CGGCUCCCGCCGCUGCUGCUACAGCUGCUGCUGCUGCUGCUGCUGCCCGCCGGCAGCCGGGCGCUGGAAGAGACCCUCAUGGACACAAAGUGGGUGACAUCUGAGCUGGCGUGGACACCCCAUCCAGAAACUGGGUGGGAAGAGGUCAGUGGCUAUGACGCGGCUAUGAACCCCAUCCGGACAUACCAGGUGUGCAACGUGCGAGAGAGCAGCCAGAAUAACUGGCUGCGGACGGGCUUCAUCCGCCGGCGAGAGGUCCAGCGGGUGUAUGUGGAAAUCAAGUUUACCGUCCGAGACUGCAACAGUAUCCCCAACAUCCCCGGCUCCUGCAAGGAGACAUUCAACCUCUUUUAUUAUGAGGCAGACAGCGACGUGGCCUCUGCCUCCAGCCCCUUCUGGAUGGAGAAUCCCUACAUCAAGGUGGACACGAUCGCCCCAGACGAGAGCUUCUCCCGCCUUGACACGGGCCGCGUCAACACCAAGGUGCGCAGCUUUGGCCCGCUCUCCAAGGCUGGCUUCUACCUGGCCUUCCAGGACCAGGGGGCCUGCAUGUCCCUCAUCUCCGUCCGCGUCUUCUAUAAGAAAUGUGCCCGAACCAUCGCCAGCUUCGCCCUCUUUCCGGAGACCCUCACAGGGGCUGAGCCCACCUCCCUGGUCAUCGCUCCUGGCACCUGUAUCCCCAAUGCUGUGGAGGUCUCGGUGCCCCUCAAACUGUACUGCAAUGGGGACGGCGAGUGGAUGGUGCCCGUGGGGGCCUGCACCUGUGCGGCCGGCUAUGAACCCAGUGCCAAGGACACUCAGUGUCAGGCCUGCCCCGCCGGGAGCUUCAAGGCGAAACAGGGAGAGGGACCCUGCCUCCCUUGUCCCCCCAACAGCCGCACAACAUCUGCCUCCGCCACCAUCUGUAUUUGCCAUAACAACUUCUAUCGUGCUGAUUCUGACCCUCCCGACAGUGCCUGCACUACUGUGCCGUCCCCACCCCACAGUGUGAUCUCCAACGUGAAUGAGACCUCGCUGGUACUAGAGUGGAGUGAACCUCGGGACCUGGGCGGCCGAGAUGACCUCCUCUACAACGUCAUCUGCAAGAAAUGCCAGGGGGGCCCUGGGACGUCGGGCCCGGCCACUUGCUCCCGCUGUGACGACAACGUGGAGUUCGUGCCCCGACAGCUGGGGCUCACAGAGCGGCGGGUACACGUGAGCCGGCUGCUGGCCCACACCCGCUAUAGCUUUGAGGUGCAGGCUGUUAACGGGGUCUCGGGCAAGAGCGCCCUGCCACCUCGCUAUGCCGCUGUGAACAUCACCACCAAUCAAGCUGCUCCAUCAGAAGUUCCCACCAUGCGUCUACACAGCAGCUCUGGAAGCAGCUUGACCCUGUCCUGGGCUCCCCCUGAGCGGCCCAAUGGCAUCAUCUUAGACUAUGAGAUGAAGUACUUUGAAAAGAGUGAGGGCAUCGCUUCCACAGUGACCAGCCAGAGGAAUUCGGUGCAGCUGGACGGACUGCGGCCAGACGCCUGUUACGUGGUCCAGGUCCGAGCUCGGACCGUGGCUGGCUAUGGCCAGUACAGCCACCCCGCUGAGUUUGAGACCACGGGGGAGAGAGGUUCAGGGGCCCAACAGCUCCAGGAGCAGCUUCCCCUCAUCGUGGGCUCAGCGACCGCCGGCCUGGUCUUCCUCGUGGUCAUCGUUGUCAUCGCCAUCGUCUGCCUCAGGAAGCAGCGCCAUGGUUCUGACUCGGAGUACACGGAAAAGCUGCAGCAGUACAUUGCUCCCGGCAUGAAGGUUUACAUCGAUCCCUUCACUUACGAAGACCCCAACGAGGCUGUGAGGGAGUUUGCCAAAGAGAUUGAUGUCUCUUGCGUCAAGAUCGAGGAGGUGAUUGGAGCUGGGGAGUUUGGCGAGGUGUGUAGGGGCCGACUGAAGCAGCCAGGCCGCCGGGAAUUGUUCGUGGCCAUAAAGACCCUGAAGGCUGGCUAUACGGAAAGGCAGCGGCGAGAUUUCCUGAGUGAGGCCUCCAUUAUGGGCCAGUUUGACCAUCCCAAUAUCAUCCGCCUGGAAGGCGUGGUCACCAAGAGCCGGCCUGUCAUGAUCCUCACGGAGUUCAUGGAGAACUGUGCCCUCGACUCCUUCCUCCGACUGAAUGAUGGGCAGUUCACCGUGAUCCAGUUGGUGGGCAUGUUACGGGGCAUCGCAGCAGGCAUGAAGUACCUGUCCGAAAUGAAUUAUGUCCACCGGGACCUAGCUGCCCGGAACAUCCUGGUGAACAGCAACCUGGUCUGCAAAGUCUCCGACUUCGGCCUCUCCCGGUUUCUGGAGGAUGACCCUGCUGACCCCACCUAUACUAGUUCACUGGGUGGGAAGAUCCCCAUCCGAUGGACGGCCCCUGAAGCCAUCGCUUACCGAAAGUUCACAUCAGCGAGUGACGUCUGGAGCUAUGGGAUCGUCAUGUGGGAGGUGAUGAGUUAUGGAGAGCGGCCCUACUGGGACAUGAGUAAUCAAGAUGUGAUCAAUGCCGUGGAGCAGGAUUACCGCCUGCCGCCCCCCAUGGACUGCCCCACUGCCCUGCACCAGCUCAUGCUGGACUGCUGGGUGCGGGACCGGAAUCUGCGGCCCAAGUUUGCCCAAAUUGUCAACACCUUGGACAAGCUCAUUCGGAAUGCUGCCAGCCUGAAGGUUAUUGCCAGCGUCCAGUCUGGGGUGUCCCAGCCACUGUUAGACCGAACUGUCCCUGACUACACCACCUUCACCACGGUGGGGGACUGGCUGGAUGCCAUCAAGAUGGGGAGGUACAAGGAAAGCUUCGUCAGCGCUGGCUUUGCCUCCUUCGACCUCGUUGCCCAGAUGACUGCAGAGGACCUGCUCCGGAUUGGCGUGACUUUGGCUGGACACCAGAAGAAGAUUCUAAGCAGCAUCCAGGACAUGCGGUUGCAGAUGAACCAAACGCUGCCUGUGCAGGUCUGACCCCCUUGAGCAGCCCCGGACGGCCCCGGGGUGCCGCAGGAACUUGGAGUGGCCAGACAUUUGGACGUUUGGACGCUUGGUCAAGGGCUGUGGCCCAAAGUUCACAAUGUGUUGGGGGACCACCGGAAGCCCCCCCCCCGCUGUGGCCUGUGUUCCCUCUGUGAGCAACAGCGGGGCCAGGACGCUUAGGACAGAUGCCACCUCUUCAUAUUGAAGACGGAUUAGGGGAUGGGGGUCAUGCCACUGCCCAUCCCCCAUGGGGUCCAGGCCUCCCUGCUCUCGAACAGGGGGGUGCCCCCCAUAACCUCAGACUUGGGUGUUCUCCACGCUGGAGUGACUGCAGUGCUCUAGUCUGGAUCAGGGCCCCCCAGGUAGACAAAAAAGCAGCCCCUCCCUCAGAAACUGCAGGGGGGAAAGCUUCAGGGAGUGAGGGGGUAUGUGUGACACCCCACCCCUGCUCCAGAGCCAGUCGCCAUCACUUCAAGUUUGCACAGGGACUCUCUGGGGAGGGGUAGGACCUGGCUUCUUCCUGAUACCUCCCAGCCCCCCUCCUUCAGCCUGGUUGGUGCUGAGGCUGGCUUCCAAAAUGGGUAGGGGGCCAGCCAAGGAGCAGCCCCCCCUGCCCCUUAGGGACUCACAGAGCCAGAAAACGGAUGUCUCGAUGUCUGCUGUGCAUGCCAGCCCGCCUGCCCGGUGCGCGUGUGAGCAUGGCAGAGCUUGGGCCAGCUGGGGGGCGCCCUUUGGGGUGUCAGCAGAAUAAAGGCAGUAAGUCAU